AUGCUUCAAGAUGUUCUACACGAGUUUGGCCCAAGUUUUGGGGUUCUCUCGAUACCGGACCCGUCAACCUUGGAGAGCAUGCCAGAAAAGAACCGAUCACUCUGGCUUUCGACAACUUCUUCUGUUCCCUCCUUGCUAGACGCAUCGCAAAGCUGGCGUGGUGGAGCGCCUCGCGUUCGUGAAUUGGUCAUGGAUACACUACAAAAGAUCGAGAGCAGCGAUUCUGCCACUGCCGCCCACCAUUCAGAGUCGCAGUUUUGCGUCAACUUCCAGGGCGAGGUUGACGAGACUGUCGACCCACGGGUUGUUAUUUCUCAGCUUGUGGACGCGGACCACAACAAGACAGCCUUCCUCACUGGUUUACGGCUCUCCAUUGUAGACGAUUUGGGGUUCCGUGUCCCUCCCGAUAUUUGCAGGCUUUUCGAGCCCUUUAGUGAGUCCAAUAACCAGGUGAAUUUGACACCAAAGUACUCGUUUGUGGACUUGCAUAUUGACUACGGAGCGGAUGGCCUUUCGAUCCCAGUUGGAGACAGUCGCAAGAUAUGGCUGCUUUGGCCGCCAACAAGUAGCAAUUUGAGAGCUAUGAAAACCGUUGACGGCCAGCGUGGACGGCUUGCUCGACUCGCACCACAGUUGGAGGGAUGUGUGGUCGUGGAGACCACUUCAGCACAGGCAAUACAUAUCCCUGCCGCAUCUCUUCAUGCAACCUUCACCCUCCAAGGCGGUUUUCUGGUUACUAGAGAUUUCACUACUUCAAACUCUCUCAUGGCAAUCUCGACACUUUUAUCCAAUGGAUUAGAUGAGAAUCUGCCCCCGGAAGCCCGUACAGUGUGCUUUGAGUGGUUUGAGCGCUGCCUGGAUAUUUCUAUCACGCACCGGAAAAUCUCCGAAGCAGUCUCCGCAUGGUUGCGAGCAGAGACCAAACUCGCUUCAUGGGCAUAUUCCCAACGUGCAUGGCGAGUGAGUGUUCGUCGCGUCUUUUGCCAACCACUUUACCUCAACACAUUUGUCUUUCCUCUAUUCUUCAGCACAACUACGCCGUCACUGUAG